AUUUGUCCCAGCAACGAGAGAAGAGUAACUAAGUCGCCAUCCUGUCUGGCUUACUGUGCCGUAUAACACGGUAGCGUGUAUUGCACCUACAAUUCGCAGAGCCUGAAAGCUUAAGCUCCCCCUUUUCUGCUCAGAGUCGUCUCCUGCGGAUAGAAAGUCUGAUUGCCGAGCACCGCGGCAGCCGGGCUCAGGCUUCCCAAGCAGUCUGCGCACCCGGGCAGACGCCGGGCGCGGUGGCGCGCGCCUGUAGUCCCAGCUACUCGGGAGGCUGAGGUGGGAGGAUCGCUUGAGUCCAGGAGUUCUGGGCUGCAGUGCGCUAUGCCGAUCGGGUGUCCGCACUAAGUUCGGCAUCAAUAUGGUGACCUCCCGGGAGCGGGGGACCACCAGGUUGCCUAAGGAGGGGUGAACCGGCCCAGGUCGGAAACGGAGCAGGUCAAAACUCCCGUGCUGAUCAGUAGUGGGAUCGCGCCUGUGAAUAGCCACUGUACUCCAGCCUGGGCAAUAUAGUGAGACCCCUUCUCUUUUGCUUUCCCCUCCUCGCUGCCUUCAAACCUAAUGACCCCCCCCCCAUCUUCCUCCUCCACGCCUCUACCCUAAACACACACCGCUCAACCACACUCUCCACAAUUCUACAAUGGGAAGUCUUGUCCCUCUUUUAUUUGGGUCUUCACCGUGACUUACACAAACUAUUGCAUAGUCACGAUGCCAAGCAGGUGUGGGCCCCCGCCACGUCCCGGAUACCCAGAGGAGCGCGGAGCGUCGCGGACCUGCGCACCUACUCGCGUGAGAAUCCCACGGUCCGCGGGGGACAGCAGGACCCCUCGACAUAGGCAGUGCUUUUUCAGGGCUCCUACAUCCUGGAAGGCAAUUCUAGGACGCAGGAAACGGUUGUACUUCGUUAAUUUCAAAACUUCUAGAUGUCCGAGAAAUGCUGUGGAAGGAGAUUUCCCUUUCUACGCUGAGCCCUCCCGCCCAUCUGGGUAAAUUCUGUGAUUUCAUCAAAAGAUUAUUAGGACCGGCAGGGGUCACUAUGGAGGCUAGUUUGAAUCUCCAAACAUGGAGGAGUAAGGCAGCUGGAUUCGUUUGUAAGUGCUUAGGGAUAGUGCGCAGAUUCAAGAAAUGUUUGGGCCGGUUUCAGAUCAUUUUGUUAGAACAAACUGAUCUGAGAAUAAAUUGUUAAGUUCCUCGGCCGACGCCACGAGUACGGUCGCUUCAAGGAAUAUUGAGCCCUCCCGGAGGCCGUAGAUGAGCUAGUGCGCCUGCGCGGAAGAGCGGCGGCGUCGAGUUCCGCGGGUGGUGGAUCCAGCUGCGGCGGCAGCGCUCAGACCUUACCAUGAAGACGCGCUUUAGCACCGUUGAUCUCCGCGCCGUACUUGCGGAGCUCAAUACGAGCUUGCUAGGAAUGAGAGUAAACAAUGUUUAUGAUGUGGAUAAUAAGACGUACCUUAUCCGUCUGCAAAAACCAGACGUUAAAGCUACCCUUUUGCUUGAAUCUGGCAUACGAAUUCACACAACAGAAUUUGAAUGGCCAAAGAAUAUGAUGCCGUCAAGUUUUGCCAUGAAGUGCCGAAAGCAUUUGAAGAGUCGGAGAUUAGUCAGUGCAAAACAGCUUGGUGUGGAUAGAAUUGUAGAUUUUCAGUUUGGAAGUGAUGAAGCUGCUUAUCACUUAAUCAUUGAGCUGUAUGAUAGGGGGAACAUUGUUCUUACAGAUUAUGAGUACUUAAUUUUAAAUAUCCUAAGGUUUCGAACCGAUGAGGCAGAUGAUGUUAAAUUUGCUGUUCGUGAACAUUAUCCAGUGGAUCAUGCUAGAGCUGCUGAGCCUUCACUUACUUUGGAAAGAUUGUCUGAAGUAAUAGCCAGUGCACCUAAGGGGGAAUUACUGAAGAGAGUUCUUAACCCAUUAUUUCCCUACGGCCCAGCUCUCAUUGAGCACUGUCUCAUAGAAAAUGGACUCUCUGGCAGUGUCAAAGUGGAUGAAAAGCUUGAAAGCAAAGAUAUUGAAAAAGUGCUUGUUUGUAUGCAGAAGGCAGAAGACUAUAUGAAAACAGCAUCCAACUUCAGUGGAAAGGGGUAUAUCAUCCAGAAAAGAGAAGUGAAACCAAGCCUAGAAGUAGAUAAACCAGUUGAAGACAUACUUACGUAUGAGGAAUUUCAUCCUUUCUUGUUUUCCCAACAUUCUCAAUGUCCAUAUAUAGAAUUUGAAUCAUUUGACAAGGCCGUGGAUGAAUUUUAUUCGAAGAUAGAAGGUCAGAAAAUUGAUUUAAAAGCUUUACAGCAGGAAAAACAAGCAUUGAAGAAAUUAGAUAAUGUCCGGAAGGAUCAUGAAAACAGAUUAGAAGCUCUUCAGCAGGCUCAGGAAAUAGACAAACUGAAAGGAGAACUCAUAGAGAUGAACCUACAGAUAGUGGACAGAGCCAUUCAGGUUGUGCGAAGUGCGUUAGCCAAUCAGAUAGACUGGACAGAAAUUGGGGUCAUUGUGAAAGAAGCCCAAGCUCAAGGGGACCCUGUUGCAAGUGCAAUAAAAGAAUUAAAGCUGCAAACAAAUCAUGUUACAAUGCUGCUAAGAAAUCCAUACUUAUUAUCAGAGGAGGAAGAUGGCAAUGCUGAUGGUGACGUCGGUGUUGAGAAAAAUGAAAGUGAACCACCAAAAGGAAAAAAGAAAAAGCAAAAGAAUAAACAGCUACAGAAGCCUCAGAAAAAUAAGCCGUUGCUUGUGGAUGUUGACCUCAGCUUGUCAGCUUAUGCCAAUGCCAAGAAGUAUUAUGAUCAUAAGAGAUUUGCUGCUAAGAAAACACAAAAGACUGUUGAAGCUGCUGAGAAGGCAUUCAAAUCAGCAGAAAAGAAAACAAAGCAAACACUAAAAGAAGUUCAAACAGUUACCUCUAUUCAAAAAGCAAGAAAAGUAUAUUGGUUUGAGAAAUUUCUGUGGUUCAUUAGCUCAGAGAACUAUCUAAUUAUAGGCGGACGAGAUCAACAGCAGAAUGAAAUAAUAGUGAAAAGAUAUUUAACACCAGGAGAUAUUUAUGUACAUGCCGAUCUUCAUGGAGCUACUAGCUGUGUAAUUAAGAAUCCAACAGGAGAACCCCUCCCUCCGCGGACACUGACUGAGGCUGGCACCAUGGCGCUUUGCUACAGUGCUGCCUGGGAUGCUCGAGUUAUCACUAGUGCGUGGUGGGUGUACCAUCAUCAGGUUUCUAAAACAGCACCAACUGGAGAGUAUUUGACAACUGGAAGCUUCAUGAUAAGAGGAAAGAAGAAUUUCCUUCCUCCCUCAUACCUAAUGAUGGGAUUUAGUUUCCUCUUCAAGGUAGAUGAGUCUUGUGUUUGGAGACAUCGGGGUGAGCGAAAAGUCAGAGUGCAGGAUGAAGACCUGGAGACGCUGGAAAGCUGCACAAGUGAACCUGUAUCAGAAGAAAUGGAACAACUAGAUGGAGGUGACACCAGUAGUGAAGAAGAUAAAGAGGAAUUAGGUGAAGUGCCUGUAGAAACCGAACUCAUGACUCAUGUUGGCCAAGAGGAUGUUACUGUUCAAAGUGGUGUAGAUAAAAUAAAUGUGGAAUUAGUCCAGGACGAAAGCUCAGAAGAUGAAGGAGAAUCUGAAGAGGUUCUGAAAGAUCAGGAGCCUGUUGGUGAUGUGAAUGUUGAAGAGGAAUACAUAGAGUAUCCUGAUACUGCCAUUGACUUGUCACAUCUUCAAUCCCAAAGGUCCCUCCAGAAAUUGGCUUCAAAAGAGGAAUCUUCUAAUUCAAGUGACAAUAAAUUACAGAGCCGAAGACAUUUGUCAGCCAAGGAAAGAAGGGAAAUGAAGAAGAAAAAGCCUCCAAGUGACUCAGGAGAUUUAGAAGUGAUAGAAGAAAAGGACAAAGAAAAAGAAAGUAGUAUACACAGUGAAACUCAUCAGAACACAAGCAAAAGUGUUGCAGGUGUGCAGCCAAUGAAGCGAGGACAAAAGAGUAAAAUGAAAAAAAUGAAGGAAAAAUACAGAGAUCAGGAUGAAGAAGAUCGUGAACUUAUUAUGAAAUUGCUUGGGUCUGCAGGUUCAAGCAAAGAAGAAAAAGGCAAGAAAGGGAAGAAAGGAAAAACAAAAGAUGAGCCUGUAAAGAAGCAGCCCCAGAAGCCCAGAGGUGGACAGAGGGUUUCAGAGGGCAUGAAGAAAGAGCCUCCAGCCCCAGCCCUUGAGGGCUUAACUCAUGAGCUACAAGACUUAGCUGUAGAUGAUGCGCACGAGGACAAGGAGGAACAAGAUCUGGAUCAACAGGGAAGCGAGGAAAAUCUGUUCGAUUCUUUGACGGGCUCUCCGCAUCCUGAAGAUAUAGUGCUGUUUGCCAUUCCAAUAUGUGCACCUUAUACCACCAUGACAAACUACAAAUAUAAAGUGAAACUUACUCCUGGAGUUCAGAAAAAAGGAAAAGCUGCAAAAACAGCUUUGAAUAGUUUCAUGCAUUCCAAAGAAGCAACAACAAGAGAAAAGGAUUUAUUCCGCAGUGUAAAGGACACAGAUUUAUCAAGAAACAUUCCUGGCAAAGUGAAAGUGUCUGCACCGAAUCUUCUGAAUGUAAAAAGGAAAUAGAUGACAUGAAAUCCUAAACUUCACGGGAAGAGUCCCUUACACAGCCUUUGGGAGUUAAGACGAAGGCGCCUCUAACAGGACGUCCGCAUUUAAAAUGAACUAAUCACUGUAUUGCUGUAUUCGCCAAAAGGACUUCUUGUUUUUUCCAAUUUUAUAUAGAGGAAAACUGUGUAUAAUAGGAUUUCCUAAAAUAUAUAUCCAAAAGCUACAUGCUAAUUAUAUACAUCAGUAUUUAUUCUACAUUUUGUUGAAAUUUGAGGGGUCAAUAUUAAGUAUUCAUUUCAUGAUAAAAAGAAAUUAGAUAGUUAAUGUGAUUUGCUUAAACUACUGACUUAGUAAUCUACUGUAUAUAACAUCUUAAAAAAAUAUAUAUAUAUAUAUAUGAAACAGCCCAAUCAAAAGAUUUUUUUUUGUUCUCAUGGGAAGCUAUUAAACAUUUAAGAUUGUGUCUUGAAAACAUUGUCAAGACUAUAUUAGAGCAGAUGUAAAUAAGUAUUAGUAAUUUCCAUGAAUCAUCUUGAGGAAUAACACCAAAAAAAACCUGGCAACAAUCAUUUCUAUGCAUUUACAUAUUUUCACUCUUCAUUUUUUCCUUGUAAUCUGAGUUCUGUGCCAUCUUUAGUAGUUCUCAAUAGCAUGUUACAGAGUAUGUUAAUCUAUAAUACCAGAAGUACAUUUGUAGGCUUAGCACUAAAGACUCUCGACACAGCUUUCUUCUAUCAGAAUGGAGAAUAAAGUUGUACAUUAUUUCUGUUCAUGAUCUAUACAGAACUGUUACUUUUUACCUGAUGGAAACCACCUGCUUCCAGUCACCCACUUGCCCUAACCCCUGGGUCAAAGCAGUAAGCUUGUCAUGUACUGCCCACCUUUUGGACCUUUCAUAAUUCUUAGCCCUUGGAGAAUAGGUUCACCUUUGAAGUUAGUAUUUUUUAAAAAUGCCUUUAUUAUACUGUACUUGUGAUACUAGGUCAUAAUUAAGACCACUCUUGCUAUAUAAAGAAAAAUAAAAUUUUAGUUUUUAAAAA